CUAAAAACGAAAUCAAUAACGGAUUAAAACAACCCAAAAAAAUUCUAAAACUUUGGUUCCUUUACCAAGUGUUAACUGAGUAUGAUGGUAAUGACAACACAUUAAUCAGAUGGUAAUGAUAUGAGAAAAGUCAUGGUUCAUGUCAGGUGGGCUUUUAAUUUCACAUCAUGGAGACCAGGACAAACAGAAUGGACAUUCUGUAACCAGUGUAUACAAAAGGAAGAAAGAGAAAGAAUAAAGAAAUUCUACUUCACAAAAGAUGCAAAAGCUGCCAUGAUAGGUCGACUGCUGAUACGAAAGUUAGUAGCUGAAUACACAGAUAUUCCAUACCAAGACAUACAGUUGUCUAGGACAGAGAAAGGAAGGCCUUAUGUUGUGAAUAGAAGCCUUCCUUUUGAUUUUAAUGUAUCACAUCAGGGAGAUUAUGCUGUGAUAGGCGCUGAGUCUGAAACCAUUAUCGGAACUGACGUUAUGAAACUAGAACCACCUCGAUCAUCUGGUGUUGGUAAAUUUUUUGACACAAUGAAUCGACAGUUCUCAGAAGAUGAAUGGAAGAUUAUCAAGUCUCCUGCCAUGGAAACAGACCAACUGAAAUUAUUUUUUAGACACUGGUGUCUGAAAGAGAGUUAUGUGAAGGCCCUUGGAAUUGGUAUUGGUUUUGAGAUUGACAGGUUGAACUUCAAGCUAAACACAUUAAACAUCCCACCAGAUAAACCUCUGACAAAUACUACCUUAAAAGUUGACAACAAGGAAGAAAAGGACUGGAUAUUUGAAGAGCAUUUACUGGACGACCACUGUUUGGCAGUGGCUUACAAAAAGACACAGGAUGUAUGUACAGUUUCUAAGGAUCAGAUAGAAACAAGUAAAAACUUUUCCAUUCUGGAUUACAGAACACUCAUACAAGGUGCUGUCCCUUUAUAUGAUCCUGAGGACCAAUACUGGAAUGAUUUUUGUAAUAAGCCAGAGAAUCCUGAACUAUUGAAAAAAUCUAAUAAAUCUUGACAUUUA